AUGAAGGAGAUCGCGUCGAGGAAUCCAAAGCGUAAGGCUGACGCGUCGCCGUUCGCCGGGAAGAAGCUUCGUUCGACUCGUUCACGCCGGAAGAGAGCUCAGAUCUCUCCGUUUGUUGUCCAGUCACCUCUCUGGAGCAAGGAAAUUGGAGUAUCAGCUGCUUCUGUCGAUUCCUGCUCCGAUUUACUUUUCGCAGUCGAUGACGACGUUUCCUGCGGUUCGAGCAGAGUCGAGAAGAGCUCGAAUCGGAUUGAAGAGGUUGAAGUUUCUGGACCUGUUAAAUACGUGAAGGAGACGACGAUUGCUGAUCCGAAACUCCGGCGGAUUACGAGGUCUUACUCUAAGCUAAACAAGGAGACGGAGGUAGAAGAGAUCGAAGUAAGCGAAUCGUCCUUCUCACGAUCCGACGUUACCUUUGCCGAGCAUAUCUCCGACAGCCGGAAUUUGAAUUUCACAUCGGAGUAUAAGGAGAGCGACGUCGUUUCAGUAAUUUCGGGAGUGGAGUCGUGCUCGAAGUUCGGGAGCGUAACCGGAGGAGCGGAUAACGAAGAAACUGAAAUCUCAAAGCCGAGCAGCUUCGCGGCAGCUGAAUUCUCUCUGGGAUCCGCCAAGGUGCUGAAGCCAGGGCUUGAGAUAGUCGAUUGCGUCUCCGAUCUCGCUUGCUCAGAGAAGUUCUCGGAGGAAGCGGUUUCGGACUAUCCCGAGGAUGAGUUAUCCGAGCCGCGUUCCGAGAUAUAUUCACAGUAUUCCGACCUUGAUUAUUCGGAUUACACUCCGUCGAUUUUCAUCGAUUCCGGUAGCGAGUUCUCUGAGAAAUCUUGCUCUGAUUCUCCUAUUUCACAUACGCACUCUCUGUUCCUCGAGCUCAAGGAGCAGUUCCGUAGAUCCACAAUUCCGAACGAUUUGGAAUCUGCUUGCCAGGAAGAGAACCGUGGAAUAAUACAGUCUGAACUGCUAAGGUUUGAAGAUGAGGAGGUGGAAGAGAGCUAUCAAAGGCUGAGGGAAAGAGAGAGAAGUCAUGCAUAUUUGAGGGACUGUGCUAAGGCUUACUGCUCCAGGAUGGAUGAUACUGAUCUCAUCCCUCGUCUACGCUUUAUCAUGGUUCAAUGGAUUGUGGAGCAAUGUUCUGAAAUGGAGCUUCAGAAAGAGACAUUGUUUCUCGGAGUUAAUCUGCUGGACCGAUUCCUGAGCAAAGGAUCCUUCAACAGCGAGAGGACUCUAGUACUAGUCGGGAUUGCGAGUCUUACUCUGGCCACCAGAAUUGAAGAAAAUCAACCUUACAAUAGCAUCCGGAAAAGGAACUUCUACAUCCAGAACCUAAAAUACAGCCGGCAUGAAGUGGUGGCAAUGGAGUGGCUGGUUCAAGAAGUCCUCAACUUCAAAUGCUUCUCACCCACGAUCUUCAACUUCUUAUGGUUUUACCUAAAAGCUGCUCGAGCCAAUCCAGAAGUUGAAAGGAAAGCCAAAUCCUUGGCCGUUACCUCUUUAUCCGAUCACACUCUACUCUGUUUCUGGCCCUCAACUGUAGCAGCCGGACUCGUAGUUCUCGCCUGCAUCGAUCACAACAAAAUCUCAGCCUACCAACGAGUCGUAAAGGUUCAUGCUAGAACAAAAGAUAACGACUUGCCUGAAUGCGUCAAGAACCUGGAAUGGUUGCUUGAGGAGUAA